AGCGUUGUCCAAGCGCUUCUGGAGUUCUGGCAGCCUCAGAGUCGGGACCAUUCUCUGGGGAGCCCGGGCAGUGCCCCAGUACCCUCUGGGGGAAAAAACCUUUCCCUGAUAGCCACCCUAAACCUCCCCGGACACAGUUCCAGCCGUUCCCUCGGGUUCUGUCACUGGUGCCAGAGAGCAGAGAUCGGAGCUGUCCCUCUGCUUCCCCUCACGAGACUCAAGGUGAGGCCGCACCAGCAGAGCGGGACAAUCCCCUCCCUCGACCGGCGUGUUGUCCCCCACGCCCCGCGUCCCCGCGUCAGGCGACAGGAGAGGAGGACACGAAGGGACAGAGCCAUGAGCUCCGGAGCGGCGGCGGGGCCGAUCUUCAGCGAGGGCGAGGACUGCAGGGCGGCCUGGAGGGCGGCCACGGCGGGCUACGAUGAGCCCGAUGCCCACCUGGAGAUCCUGGGCAAGCCGGUGAUGGAGCGCUGGGAGACCCCCUACAUGCACUCGCUGGCCACCGUGGCUGCAUCCAAGGGCGGCCGCGUGCUCGAGGUGGGGUUUGGGAUGGCCAUCGCCGCCUCCAAGGUGCAGGAAUUCGGCAUCGAGGAGCACUGGAUCAUCGAGUGCAACGAGGGCGUUUUCCGGCGCCUGGAGCAGUGGGCAAAGGCACAGCCACACAAGGUGGUGCCCCUGAAGGGGCUGUGGGAGGACGUGGUGCCAACGCUGCCGGACGGGCACUUCAGCGGGAUCCUGUACGACACCUACCCGCUGUCAGAGGCCACCUGGCACACGCAUCAGUUCAACUUCAUCCAGGGCCACGCCUUCCGCCUGCUGCGGCCCGGAGGGGUCCUCACCUACUGCAACCUCACCUCGUGGGGGGAGCUGCUCAAGACCAGGUACAGCGACAUCGAGAAGAUGUUCGAGGAGACCCAGGUGGGGCCGCUGCUGCAGGCGGGGUUCAGGAGGGAGAACAUCAGCACGAGGGUGAUGGAGCUGCAGCCGCCCCCCGAGUGCCGCUACUACUCCCACCCCAGGAUGAUCACCCCCACCGUCCUCAAACACUGAGGGGAGCAGGAGCUGGGCAUGAGCUGAUGAGGAGGAGAAAAGCUCUGAUCUCCUUUAAAGUCCCUGAGAGGCGGGUGAAGGCUCAGGAUGGAUUCCAGUGGACAAAAGGACAGGAAACCCCCUGCCCCAGGAGCCCCCUGCCCUGGAAGGGUCUUGUGGGCUCUGUGGAAGAUCUCACCCUGCUCUGUCCCCUCGAGACUUGAAAUUCCCAAUUAAGCUGGAAUUUCAGAAUGUGGUUCUGACUAAACGGGUUCCAGAACCAGCCAUUUCCUCUAAAAUCUGCAUCAAUUUGAGAAAAUACAGGGUGGAUUCCCACAAGAGUCAAAUAAUCCAAACCAGGUGGGAGAAAUGGGGCAAUCUGAGGCAUUCUGGGGCAUUUCAGCUUCUCCUGAAGCAACUCCCCAGGGAAGUUUCCCAACAUUUUCGGUCAAAGCCCACGGCAGCAAAUCCUGACCCCAACACCCCCUCACAGCUCAAUAAAUGAUGUUUCCUCUCUCCCUAGAAGGGAUAAAGUCCAUUAAAAGGAACAAAAUACCCAAA